UUUGGGAGUGAUUAAAGAAUGUCUCAGUAAAUGGAUCCACGUUAUCAGAAUCAUGAAUGCACUUCGUCAAAGAACUCACUCUUUAGUCUGCAUAUCACUCAACACCUCCAAAUUCAUUCACAUUUCCACAAAUUCAAAGAGCAGCACACUUGUCAAUGCCAUGUGUGAUUCUUUAAGACGAGGCUCGAAUUGGGACACUCUUACCAAGCAAUUCUGUUCUGUUGAGUUAAACCAUUCUAUUGUUGAGAAAGUCUUGCUGAAACUAAAGGACCCAGUUGAUGCUAAAUGCGCUUUGGGUUUCUUUCAUUGGUCAGCCCAAAGGAAGCACUAUCAACACAACCUUUGGUCUUAUUGCGCCACAAUUCAUGUUAUGGUCAGAGCCCGGAUGCUCAUUGAUGCUCGUGUGUUGAUUGAAUCAGUUUUGAAGAAACAUGUGGAGGAUGAUUCAAGAUGCUUGGUUAUUGAUUCAUUGUUUCGUAGUUAUGAAGUUAUGGAGUCAAGUCCACUUGUGUUUGAUUUGUUGGUUCAGGCCUAUGCUAAAAUGAGAAUGCUUGAGGUUGCUUUUGAUGUUUGUUGCUACUUGGAAGAACAUGGGUUUUCUUUUAGUUUAAUAAGUUUCAAUACUUUGAUUCAUCUUGUUACAAAAUCUGAUAAAAGUUGUCUAGUGUGGAGUAUCUAUGAGUAUAUGCUGCAAAAGAGAAGAUACCCAAAUGAAGAGACAAUCAGAAGUUUAAUAAGUGCAUUGUGCAAGGAAGGGAAGUUGCAAACUUAUGUGGACAUGUUGGAUAGGAUUCAUGGGAAGAGAUGUUCUCCUUCAGUGAUUGUUAAUACCAGUUUGAUUUUUAGGAUUAUAGAGGAGGGACUAACUGAAGGUGGUGUGCUACUGUUGAAGAGAAUGUUACAAAGGAACAUGAUUCUUGAUACAAUUGCUUACUCAUUAGUUGUUUAUGCAAAGGUAAAACUUGGGAAUUUGGAGUCAGCAUUGGAAGGCUAUGAAGAAAUGCUUAAGAGAGGAUUUAGUGCAAAUUCUUUUGUGUAUACUACAUUUAUAGGAGCCUAUUGUAGAGAAGGGAAAAUUGAAAGAGCAAAUUUCUUGUUGCAAGAAAUGGAAAACAUGGGUUUGAAGCCAUAUGAUGAAACCUUUAAUCUUAUAAUCGAGGGUUGUGCAAAGGUAAAUAGAGUGGAAGAAAGUUUAAGUAACUGUGAGAAAAUGAUGGGGAGAGGACUUCUUCCCAGCUGUUCAGCUUUCAAUGAGAUGAUAGGAAAGUUAUAUGAGAGCAGGAAUGCAGAACAGGCCAUUGUAAUGUUGGCCUUGUAAGACAAAGGGUUUUUACCUAAUGACGUCACGUACUCUCAUCUUAUAGCUGGUUAUGCCAAAGCACACAAGAUUCAAGAAAUGUUGAAGCUUUACUAUGAGAUGGAAUCCAGACUAAUUACUCCUACAUUGCAGGUUUUCUCAUCAUUGAUAAGGUGCCUUUGUCAAUGUGGGAAAGUAGAUAAAGCAGAUAAGUAUUUAAGAGUAAUGAAAAGUCGAUCACUAGUUCCAGGUGUGGAAAUCUAUGAGGCAUUAAUUGCUAGCCACAUUCAAAAGGGUGAUAAAACAACAGCUCUUCACCUUCAUAAUGAGCUGAUUUCUAAGUGAUUGAAAUCUAGUUGUUCAUAUUUCUAUGGUGCUACUACAGAAAGAGGUUAG